AUGGCUACCCCCAGUGUCCUUACCUUUGAUGCUGAAGGUCGUGCUGUUGACUUUGAGGUCUGGGUCGAUGACCUCCAGCUGUUCCUACAAUGCGAUAGGGCAGACGGACUCUCCCUGUUCGAUCUCACCUCUGGUGCCUCUCCUGCCUCGCCUGCUACUUGUGACAGCACUGUUCGCUCACAGUGGGCCACACGCGAUGCUGCUGCCCGUCUUGCUGUGCGUCGCCACUUACCGACCACUGAGCGUGCACACUUUAGCCAGUACAAGAGAGCUAAGACCUUGUACGACACUGUCGUUGCACGCUACUCUUCCCCUGCCACUGCUGCGUUGAGCCGCCUCAUGCUCUCGUACCUGUUCCCUGACCUUGCUGCCUUUGCCAUAGUCGUUGACCUCAUUAUGCACCUUCGCACUAGUGACACUCGCUACCGCGCUGCUCUUCCUGCUGAGUUCUGUGCCAAGAACCCCCCCCCCAUGUACAUCACCCUCUACUACAUAGUCACCCGGCUCCCUGACUCCCUUCGCUUAGUCACUGAGGGGUGUUCCCCUCCCCCCUUCUUGCCCUCUAUUGCUUUUGCUGUUGCGGCCGACCUCGUUGGUUUCGAGUCGGUCGGCGCUGCGUCUACCCCUAGCGGGAGACGCCGCACCGGCAAGGGCAAGGGGGGCAAGGGCGCUGGAGGGGCUGGCGGGGGCGGUGGUAGUGGUGGUGGAGGCAGUGGAGGGGGUGGGGGUGGUGGUGGGAGUGGUGGCGGGGGUGGAGGUGUCGGUGGCACCAGUGGAGGCGGAGGAGGCGGCGGUGGUGGCGGAGGGAGCGGAGGCGGCGGAGGUGGCGGAGGCGGCGGAGGUGGCGGAGGCGGUGGCGGCAGCGGUGGAGCUUGUCGGAGCUCUGCGCAGAGGAGUGGGUCAUGA